AAAAGUAGACUUUGGAAAGAAGAAGAUUAGCCAGAAUCGGAGCUCCUGUGGCCACUGAAAAUUUAACACGUACUCCUUAUACUCUCCGACACAAACACAGAAUUAGCAAGAUGCCCUGUCUUUACAUCUCCACCAACGUCAGCCUGGAUGGAGUUGACACCGAUCCCAUCUUUUCUGAAGCAACCAAAGCCGUCUCCACCAUCAUCGGAAGACCAGAACAUUAUGUGAUGGUCAUACUAAAAGGAUCGCUGGAAAUAUCGUUUGCUGGGAGCAAAGAAGCAGCUGCAUAUGCUGAGAUAGUAUCCAUGGGAGGCAUUAAUUCAGAAGUGAAGAAGAAGUUGAUUGCUACCAUCGGCACAAUUCUGCAGAGCAAGCUUUCUAUCCCCAGGACCCGAUUUUUCCUCAAAGUCUAUGAUACAACUGCUGGGCGGAAUUAUUCCAAAAUUUGACAAUCGAUCUCUGAACAACCGUUUACUUACAAUUAAGUAAGGCUAGAAAUUAUGCUUUUAUUUCGCUACUAUUUUACUAUGUUGAUGUGACAGUGUCAAUCAAUUAUUUAAUAAGCUAUUGCUGAUCGGCAGUAUCAACUUAACAAAGUAAAAUAUUAGUGAAAUAAAAAUGUAAUUUCUAACAUUACUUGCAGAUCCUUGCACUCAAAACAUUUUCCCCAUGGCAACUCAGACUUGCUUGUAUGAUGUUUAGGUUUUGGGGGCGCCUAGUGCAUUUGUUACAAUGAUAUCAAUAAGAUAUUCCAUAAGCCAA